GCUCCGUGGGGGCCUACGACACCGGAAAGGGCGGGCGUUCCUCUCGCUACCCGUCCAAGACAGUCGUACAAAGCGGACUUAGAACCAUAGAUAUCUCGCAAUCUCGAGGGCGGGAGAAGGACCAAAGACUCGCGACUCCUAGAGGGGCCGCCAGCGGGCCAGGCCUCUAUUGAGGCCCACAGAAAGAGGACCCCGCGGGGGCUCCUGGACUGUCGCGCUGCGCCUCCGGCACGCCUCUGAAUCUUGCGGCGGAAGAAGACUUGACUGGCCGUUCUCAGCUCUACGUGGCGAACUCUAUGGUACCACUGCCUUAGAGACUUUGCUUCUUGUAGGAGCUGGUACGCAUGCGCCAGAGGUCGGAGCUGUAGAGAUGGAGCCCCUGGCAGCUGGGACCACCUCUGGAGGGAGGAAGAAGUUCACUGUGAAGACCCAGGAUGAAGAUGACAAUGUGGCCCUGGCACAGCUGCUUUUCAAGCCCUCCUGCACUUCAAGCCCCUCCCCAGCUCCCGAGCCUCCUGCAGGGCCAGAAGGGGCCACCUAUGCUGACUACAUUGUGGGGCAAGCUACUGACUCCUUGGUUCCCCUUGCAAAGCCAGCAGCAGCUGUGACUGUGGCAGUAACCAGACUUCAGAGCUCCCAGGCUAUGCAGACCAACUCCAAAGACAAAGAACUGCCCUUGAACCUUGCACCCAAACCAGGAGCCAAGCACAACUCCAUCAUUGUUAGUCCUCGCCAGACCCUGCCGGCCCUUCCUUUCUAUCCUCAGAGGGGGAACCCCAUCCUGAAGUUUAUCUGCAACGUGCCAUGGGAGUUUGGUGAGAUCGUCCCAGAUUACGUCCUGGGCCAGAGCACCUGUGCCCUUUUCCUCAGCCUCCGCUACCACCACCUGAAGCCCAACUACAUCCACGAACGCCUCCAGUCGCUGGGCAAAACCUACAUGCUGCAGGUGCUACUGAUUCAGGUUGAUGUGAAAGACCCACACCAGGCACUGAAGGAACUGGCAAAGAUCUGCAUCCUGGCAGACUGCACCCUGGUCCUGGCAUGGAGCGCAGAGGAAGCUGGUCGCUACCUUGAAACAUACAAGGCUUACGAACAGAAGCCAGCAGAUCUGCUGAAGGAGAAAGUGGACCAGAAUUACUUGUCUCGAGUGACUGACUGCCUGACCAGUGUGAAGUCAGUGAACAAAACAGACACACUGACCCUCCUCUCCACUUUUGCAUCCCUGGCCAGUUUAGGUGAUGCCUCCAGGGAAGAGCUGUCCCUCUGCCCAGGGAUUGGACCCCUGAAGGCCAAGAGGCUCUUUGAUAUCCUUCACGAACCGUUUCUCAAAGUCCCCAAAUGAGCAGAGGACUCCCUGACCAGGCAAGUGGCAAACGAAAGGCACAUGCGCUUUGGGGCAGGUCUGGUUCCCCCUCCCUGCCCAAGCAGCCCCUCACCAGCAAAGUCUUCUGGAAAGCGAACAGGCUGGGCUGAAGCCAGUUCCUGAAGGGGAAGCCAUCUUCUGCCUGUGGCCAGCAGGAAUUAAAUGAGCACAUCACACCAUGCAAUAAAAGGACUACAAUUGGCAAAAUCUCUGAAA